GUUCAUAAAGCAGGAAACGAUCCCAAACUCACGUGACUGUAAACUUCUUUAAACUUGUUUCUCAGGAAGCCACGUUCCUACCAACCUAAUGCACACCAUGGAGUUAAACAGCAGUCAGAUGGACUUGAUUUCGUCCAGUCUGGACGAGGAGGGUGAGGAGAACGGAGAGAGUGUGAACCAUCACGCCCGUCUGUCCUUCAUCAGCAGCUUAAACCAGUACACCAUCAGAAACAUCUGCUUCAUGGUCAUUAUUGGUAUAUUCAUCUUCGCUUUAGGAUCCCUGACUGGCUACGUGGCUCAUAAAAAAUCACCCAGCGCCUCCACAGAUGUCGAUUCAUCGAGUGAGAUGGUUGAGACAGAAGCAGAGUUAGACUGGAACGAUCUUACAGCCAUGUUACAGAAGAACCUCACCACAAGCAGUAUUGAAAGCACUCUGAGUGAAUUCUCCCUGGACAGUCAUCAGGCCGGAUCUUCAAAUGAGGAUGAACUCGGCAAUAAAGUGUUUCAGAAAUUCCAGGGUUGUGGCAUGGACCCCUGGUCUGAUACUCAUUAUGUCAGAGUCCAGGAUCGUCCAGUGAGCGGCACCAACAGAGUGACGUUCCACAAUAAAACGUUUGAUGAGUCCGGCUUUUUGGCCUACAGCGCAAACGGCGCAGCACAGGGUGCAGUUUUGUACGCACAUUUUGGACGAGCAUCUGACUUCAGGCAACUGCAGGAAUUAAACAUCAGCACCAAAGGAAGGGUCGUCUUGGUUCGAGCUGGGAAAAUAAGUUUUGCUGAAAAGGUUGCUACCGCUGCCAGUGUGAAUGCCAGUGCAGUGCUGAUCUAUCCAGAUCCUGCUGACUACCCCAUUGAUAACGAAACUGCUUUGUUUGGCCAUGUUCAUCUCGGCUCUGGAGAUCCGUACACUCCAGGUUUUUCAUCUUUCAACCACACAAAGUUUCCUCCAGCUAAAUCGUCAGGUCUGCCCAGCAUCCCGGCGCAGACCGUCAGAGCCAGCACGGCCGCCACCAUCAUGAGAGAGAUGGGAGGUCAGAGUUCACCUGACGGAUGGGCUGACGGGGGUCUCCGAACUGGAAAUUACAGGCUAGGUGGUGAUAAUGACAUUAUUUCUUUGGAGGUGAACAACGUUCUCAAUGAGACUGUGAUCAAUAAUGUGUUCGGUGUCAUCAAAGGAUUAAUAGAUCCAGAUCGUUAUGUGGUUAUCGGAGCUCAGAGAGACGCCUGGGGGCCCGGAUACGCUCAGUCCACCGUUGGUACUAGUCUGCUGGUUGAGUUAGCCAGAGUUAUUAGUGGCAUGCACAAAGAUGGAUUCAGACCCAGAAGGAGCAUCGUGUUUGCAAGCUGGAGUGCUGGAGAAUACGGAUCUGUCGGUGCCACAGAGUGGCUGGAGGAUUUUCUGCCUUCACUAAAUUUGAAAGCUUUCUCCUACAUCAGCCUGGAUGGAGUCGUCACAGGAUCCUCGUUUAAAGCCAGUGCAAGUCCACUGAUGCAUGACUUAAUAGAGAGCACAUUACAUGAGGUUUUCUCACCCAGUGACUCCAGUAAGAGUUUGUAUUCGUUGUUUGGAAACAACUGGGAGAGCACCGUCAUGGAGCCACUGAGGUUGGGCGACUCUGCGUAUCCGUUCCAGACUUUCUCCGGCGUCCCGUCCGUCUCUUUUCGUUUCACUGAUAGGAAUAAACCCUACCCGUACUUCGGCACCAAGCUGGACACCAGGAAGAACCUGGGCGCUUUCGUUCCGAACGUGCUGGGCUUAGUAAAGGCGGCGGGCGAGUUUGCGGGUCAGAUGGCUCUCCGGCUGGUUCAUGACCACCUGCUCAGACUGCACACACAGAAAUACCUCAACGUCCUGAGACAAAGUGUGUUUCAGAUCAAUAAGGAAGUGACCCGGCUGCAAAAGUCUAUCCAGCUUUCAGAGCCCCUACAGGUCCACUGGCUGUCAGCAGCUAUAAAUUCAUACAGUCGAGCCGCCAGUAAACUCAUUCAUGAGAGUGAGAACAGUGAUCUUGAGGACCAGAAGCAGUGCCGCAUCAUCAAUGACCGAAUCAUGGCGGUUGAGAGGAAUCUGCUCUCUGCCUACGUUUCUCCUCUAGAGUUUCCGUUCAGACACAUAGUGUUCGGUUCAGGUUCACACACUCUGGGAGCUUUACACACACACCUGUCUGCAAUAAAGAACGGCUCAACCGGCGCUGACAUCGACCUGCUGAGGAAUCGGUUGACUCUGGCAGCCAGGACCAUCCAGGGCUGUGCCGACGCGCUCGCCGGGAACGUGUGGGACACGGACAACCAAACUGACUAGAAAUGACACGGUUGCACUGUUACUACUUGUGAAAGUGAGACAUUUUUGCAUACACAUGUACAGUAGUUAUAAAAUGCACAAAAUAACUACUGUGAACUAAAUCUUUAAUGGUUACUCUUAUCCACUAAUUCAUCUCUUUAAACUGUUACACUGGACAGUAUUUUAACCCAAAGCUACAUUCUAGCUAGACAUGAUGUUUAAUUUUUUUUUAAAUAAGAGGAAGCUGCUGAGGAAGGCUGCGUUUUUUGCUUUCCAGAGAUGAAGACGUUUAUUUGGAUGGCUGGAUUAUGACACCUCUGAAAUUAUGAAACAUUUAUUAUAAAAAAAUUGUGCAUGUUUAUGUUUUGUUUAUGGUUGGAUCAUAAGUACUUUUCUAUUUUUUUAUAUUGCAUCAAUGUACAAUUGUGUAUGUGUGUGUUCUGUCCCUAUGAAGUUUUAGAAAUCUGUACAAUGCACUGUAAUUUUGAUGAUUUACACUAUAUGGCCAAAUGUAUUUUUGUAUAUAUGGCCCCUUGGGUCAAGCCACUGUGUGAUUGUAUGAUAUCCUGUUAUGGAUAAACGCCAUGUCUAUGUUUAAA